AUGGGUAGAAAGUUACAGGAGAUGCUGUUUGUCCUACUCAUCAUACUGAAUGAGCCCAACAUGUCAGCAGCUGACUGCAGCUGUUUAGUGGCCAUGUUGUGCGACUGCUGCAGUUUAAACCUCACCAGCUGUUUCCCAAACCUACCCGCGCUUAAAUGGUUAAGCCUGACGUUGAACGAGAUUACUUAUCUCCACCCUGAAACAUUUUCUAAUCUUCCCAAACUGGCAGUGCUGUUCUUAAAUGGUAACCAGAUAAGUAGCAUUCAGCCUGGUACAUUUUCAAAGCUAACACAACUCGACAAAUUGUACCUUGAUCACAACAGGAUAACUUACAUUCGGUCUGGUACAUUCUCAAACCUACCAAGUCUCAAGUGUCUGGUACUACAUUUUAACCAGAUAAUAACAAUAUCACCCGGUGCAUUCUCAAAUCUGCCCCAGCUCCAAUCUUUGUACCUCUACUCCAAUCAGAUAACAGACCUUCAAUCUGGCACAUUUUCCUAUUUUCCCCAGCUCGAAGCACUGUUCUUGAACUACAACAAGAUAUCAAAUAUCCAGGAUGGGUCAUUCUUAAAUAUACCCAAGCUACACACUUUGGCGCUGAACAACAAUCAGAUAUCCACCCUUCCCCCGUCAUCUUAUUACAUAUUUGUAUUUACUGCUAAGGUAGACAUUGGCUUCAACCCCUGGCACUGCGACUGUCAGAUGGUUCCCUUCAGACUUCUAAUGGGCAGAUCUCAUUCAUUUGAAAAUGAGAUAAGAUGUGCUCAACCUCAACAUUUCUUGGGACACUUGCUGAAAGAUAUCAAUCCCGAACACCUGAUCUGCUAG